AUGCUGGCUCGGACCAGUGAUGAAGCAGAGGGCAACGACAGAGAAAGAAAAAUGCAGCUACUUACCAACUACAAUGGACAAACGAAGAUGAAGAAGAGUGCAGCAGUGAGGACGACACAGACCGAUGGUGAGGAACGAGGAAACAUGACUGAGAAGGAGGAGGAAGAAGAGUUCGACAGUGAAGAAGGAAGAAGAGCACAACAUCGCCAGUCCAUUGUUUUGAACAUUAAUUGGAUCGUACCAAUGAUUGAUUUUCGAUCCAACCGGCCGACUCCAUUGUCUUCAUCCUCCAAAGCCUCUCCUUGCUCCUCUCGCUUCCACCACCGCCAUGUCCAUCUCAACCACCACCAACACACCACCACCACUUCUUCUCAGAUCCUUCAACACACCUCCGCCUUCAUCUCCGACGUCCUCUUGCAUUCCCAGCUCCGACGCCGCCUCAUUUCCACCCUCCUUCGUGAGUCUCAAAUCUCCAGCCAAAUCACCCUCAAACACCUCAAUUUCGCCGCCGAUACUCUCGAUAAUGGUAUCUCUGUCUCCAAUCCCGCCAUUCGAUCCUCCUCCCUCAACCUCGCCGAGAAGCUCCUCCUUCCUCUACCUCAAAACCCGGUUUCCUCUUUCCUUCUCUCUCUCAUAUACAUGAUCAACAAGCGCCAACUUGAAGCCGCCUUAAGUCUUCUUCAAACCUUCUAUUUAAGCCCUUCGUUGGCCCGAUCGGAAAUCGCUCCGAUUCUCUACGAGCAGCUGUUUUCUCUCCACCUCCUCCCAGUUUUCCGAUCCUUCGAUGAACAAAGAGCGAGAAUACUGCCAUCUACAUCAGAAAAUUCAGCGCGCUACCCAGACGAUUAUUCAAUUUCGGAUGAAUAUGUCGUCUUGCCCUCCACGAAAUCUUUGUCGCAGAUGAGCAAUGAUCAAGCUUCAAAGCUAAGGGAAUUGGAGAGAGACUACGAAGAGGCUAUUGAUGAUAAUUGCAGGAUUAUUGCCGAGUACUUCAAAGAAGUUUUGGUGAAUAAUAACGGGGACUCGUCAACCAGUCCGCCAUUGUCGGUUCUGAAGAGCGAUAGAGAAGAUGCAGAAGUCGAGCAUAGCCAAGGGGAGACAGCGGAAACAAGUGUGCCUUUGUUUAAGAACGGACGGUAUAAUCAGCCAAUAUGGACCGAAACGGCACUCUCGAGUAGCAGUUUCAGCGCCAAGUGGUUGAAUGCACCAUUUUAUCCUCAAAGAGUCUCUCCUAAAAUUCUCAAACACCAAGAAUCUUCUAAAAAUCUGUCCUUACCAUCCCAUUCAGACAUAGACGCUGGAACUGAGCCUUCGGUGGAUGAAAAUAUGCCUUGCUAUUCGUCAGAAUCUGAAGCAGAAACUGAGGAAAAAGACAACAUGAUGGUAUCACUGAAGCCUCGACGAAGCCAAAUCCAAGAAUCAGAACCUGGACGUUCCCCAGAUUAUGCCAUGGCAGAUUAUGAUCACCAGCCGCAUAGAAACGAAAAAUGUAUGCCUCCCAAGGACUUUGUCUGCCCAAUAACUAGCAAUCUCUUUGAUGAUCCAGUGACUCUUGAGACAGGUCAGACAUAUGAACGGAAAGCCAUCGAAGAGUGGUUUAACAGGGGGAACUCAACCUGUCCAAUCACUCGCCAGAAGCUGCAAAAUACCCAACUUCCUAAAACAAAUUAUGUGCUCAAACGACUAAUUGCAAGUUGGAAAGAACAGAAUCCCAAUUCAAUCCCAUCUCCAUCUCCAUCUGACAGUCUACAUGCUGAAACUGAAGUAGAAAUCAAGUCAACAAUGCCUUCAACUUCUCCUAAUAGUGUUAUAACACAGGCCAAUGUUGAUGGGAUGAUUCGUGAGUUACGACAUGCAAUCAACAAGCUGUAUAUGUCAGAGGUCCUCGAGGAGUCUGAGAUGGCUGUGCUUCAAAUUGAGCAAUUAUGGAAAGAAGUAAACCUGGGAGUGGAUAUCCAAAGCAUGCUAUCCAAACCUCCAAUCAUUAAUGGGUUUAUGGAAAUUCUAUUUAAUUCUGUUGAUCCCCAGGUGCUUCAAGUAACAGUUUUUCUUCUGGCUGAGAUGGGUACUAGAGACAAUGCUGUUAUUCAGACUCUUACCCAAGUGGACUCUGAUGUAGAAUGUAUUAUGGCACUUUUCAAGAAAGGCUUGACCGAGGCUGUUGUACUAAUAUAUCUUCUGAAACCUCCUACUACGACUCUUGCAGAAAUGGCCAUGCUGGAGUCUCUCAUAACAGUUUUUGAUAAGAAAGAGGAGGACUUGCUUAAGAUGUGCAUAAAGCCAAAGUCAGCUGUGGUACUUUUACUGGCACGGAUUCUUGGAAGCAAUGAGGAGAGAAUUGCAUCUUCAGUAGCCAAGACUUUGAUAACUAAUAGAGUAAUUGGAUAUAUAAUUGGCAGUUUUCGAGCUGAGUGGGCAGAGGAGAGGAUUGCUGCAGCAGAGAUCUUAUUAAGAUGCAUCCAGGAGGAUGGAACUUGCAGGCACGUCAUUGCUGAAAGAGUUGAGCUCUCUCCCAUUUUGGAAAGCUUCGUUGGGGCGAAUGAUGCAGAACGUUUUAAGAUAAUUCAAUUUUUUUCUGAGUUAGUCAAAUUAAAUAGGAGGACAUUCAAUGAACAAAUCCUCCACAUUAUAAAGGAAGAAGGUUCUUUCAGUACAAUGCACACCUUCCUCGUUUAUAUGCAGACAGCCCUUCAAGACCAAUGUCCAGUUGUGGCUGGCCUCUUACUCCAACUUGAUCUUCUGGUAGAGCCAAGAAAGAUGAGUAUAUACCGUGAAGAGUCUAUAGAUACUCUUAUUUCAUGCCUCAGGAACACUGAUUUCCCGGCUGCCCAAGUAAUAGCUGCUGAGACAAUAGUGUCAUUGCAAGGAAGAUUCAACUUCAGUGGGAAGCCUCUUACUAGAGAAGUCCUUCUUAAACGUGCAGGCGUUAAUGGAAAUUAUAGAAAUCUUGAUCAGAUGGAUCAUAUCAGCGGAGAACUUGAAAUGAAUCCAGAAGAAGAGAAGGCAGCUGAUGAUUGGGAGAGAAAAAUUGCGUCCGUUUUAGUUAGCCAUGAGUUUGGCCUCCUUUUCGAGGCUUUCGCUGAAGGCGUGAAAAGUCGAAGAACGCGAGGAGCAGCCUGUGUCUGCAUGCUCAAGCACUUUGUAUCUAUAUUAAAAUCUUCUAAGGACACAGAAGAUAGAGUCCUUUCUAUGCUUGCUUUAAACAGCUUUCUUCAAUACCCUGACGCAUUGCUUGAUCUUUCUUCCUACACUAAGGAUGUCCUAAAAGGUCUAAGAGAGCUAAAGAGAUUCUCCCCCCUUGCAUCUGAAAUGCUCAAAUUUUUGGUUGAAGAGAAUGAAUCUAAAGCAGGCAUCUGGAUGCAUAAGGAGUUAAUUCAGGUAGAUUGCAGUGAGAAUGGAGAAGUGUUGUCUGUCAUUUGUCACAAGGAUAAAAUUUUUUCAGGUCAUUCAGAUGGAACUAUCAAGGUCUGGACAGUGAGGGGGAGCUUAUUCCAUCUGAUACAAGAGACGCAAGAACACACGAAGGCUGUUUCAAGUUUGUCAAUUUUAGAAUCUAUUGACAGACUGUACAGUGGUUCACUUGAUCGAUCUGUUAAGGUCUGGUCUAUCGGAAAGUCAGCAAUACAAUGCGUACAAGUGCAUGACAUGAAAGAUCAUAUUCAUAAUUUAGCUGUAACCAACAACAAAUUUUGCUACAUUCCUCAGGGAAAUGGUGUCAAGGUUCAAUCAUUGCAUGGAGAACUGAGGCUGUUAAACAGUAACAAAUACAUCAGAUGCUUGGCUCUUGCUCAAGAGAGACUAUACUGUGGAUGUCACGACAACAGUAUUCAGGAGAUUGAUUUGGAAAAAGGAACUGUCAAUACCAUUCAAAGUGGUUCUAAAAGAUUGCUUGGUAAAGCAAAUCCCGUUUAUGCCCUGCAGAUACAUGGCGAACAUAUAUAUGCAGCCAGUUCUACUCUGGAUGGAGUUGCUAUAAAGAUAUGGAAAAAGUCCAAUUAUAGCAUGAUUGGAUCACUUGUAACUGCUUCAGAAGUGAGGACGAUGGCAUUGAGCUCAGAAUUAAUUUACUUAGGAUGCAAGGGAGGAGCUGUGGAAAUUUGGGAUAGGAAGAAACAUAACAGAAUUGAUACAUUACAGAUUGGUACGAAUGGUAAGAUCACUUGCAUGGCUAUCGACGACAAUGAAGAAAUUUUGGCGAUUGGAACAUCUGAUGGCCGAAUUCAGGCGUGGGGAAUAAACUAAGGGGGUGAUCCAAAAUUUUCUUGCUGGAGACAAAAGGUCGUCAACAUAUCUGACCGAGAUUAAAUUUAUUGAACCUUUGAAAUGUUUUUGUUUGAGAUAUAUUUUGUAAGAUGUACAUAGCUUAAAAGUCUAUACGUAGAGAAAUGUCAACAUAGCUUAAAAGUCUAUACGUAGAGAAAUCUUCUUCUUCUUCUUCU